GCCAAAGCACGUCUACGCAUCGGUCCCAGGCAUGGAUGCACCCUACCGAUGGCCCUUCACGCGGCGCCAGCAGCUUGUUUGCGGCGCAGCCCGCAGCGGCAGCCUUGAAGCCGUCGAGGCGGCUUUGGACGCGACAGGACUGAGUGCCGAGAGCUGGCUGCUCGCUGCCGCUGCCGGUGCACCAGGCCGGGGCGUGGCUCUGGCGUUGUGCAAGCGGCUAGUCGCCUUGGGCUGCCCGGCGAAGGACCCAGUGCCGGUGGAGAACCCGGGUGGGCUCAGGGUGCGUGAGGCCCAGACGCCGCUGAGUGCGGCGGCCGCAGCCGGCAAUGCCGACGUGGUCGAGUGGCUGAUGGCGGGCCAGCGGUGUCGCUGGAGCUCCAAGGCUGUGUACGCCGCGGCGGGGGGUGGGCACGUGGCGUUGGCGCAGCGACUGCUGACGCUGUGUCCGGAGCAGAGCAAGAGGUGGCUAUGUGUGGUGGAGCUGCUGAAGGCCGUGGCGCGCGGGUGCGGGCUGGCGGACUUGGGGCGCGCCCACGACCACUGGCUGGGCGGGCGCCGGGAGCAGCAGCUGCGGCGCGACUUCACGGAGCAGCGGCCCGACGGCUUCACGGCUGUCUACCAUGCAGCGGACUUGGACGCGCUGCUGGUGGCCGCGGCGGGCAGCCCCACGCCCUGCUGGCUGGACAAGCUGGACGUGAUGCUGCAACGGCACCUGGGGUCCGCCGGCGCAGCUCAGCUAGCGGCGCGGCCGGACCUGCUGUCCCGCGUCUUUGGCGCCGCCAUGUCCGCGCCGGACGGCCUGGCCCGCGUGCGGCUGCUGUGGGAGCAGCGCGGCUGGCGGCCGGACGAUGGGCUGGAGGCCGCGGUGGCUGCGGCCGGGGCUCGCGGCGACACGGCCGCAAUCAGCUACCUGUUUGAGCAGUUGGGCGCCGACCCCCAGGGCUCCGUGUACUACGAGCCCAGCGAUGCACUGCUCUUGCCGGCGGAGCGGGGACACAUGCACGUGCUGCAGCUGCUGGCGCACCAACACGGCGUGCGGUGCGACUUCAAGCCGUUCCGCCAGCUGGCGGUGGCUCUGGCUGCGGGGGGUCAUCUGCAGAUCCUUCGCUGGCACCUGCAGGUGGAGGCGCUGUACGGCACCAGCGAGGACGAGACCCAAGAAAGCGGCGACAGUGGAGGCGCAGGCGACAGUGAAGGCGCAGGCGACAGUGGAGGCGCAGGCGACAGUGGAGGCGCAGGCGACAGUGGAGGCGCAGGCGACAGUGGAGGCGCAGGCGGCAGCGGGCCCAGGUGGUGUCGCGAAGGCUUUCUUCGGAGAGAGAUCCUGGGCAAGGUGUUGCAGGCGGGGCUGGUUGUAGGGCAUGUGGAGGUGGUGAGGUAUGCGCUGGUAGAGCAGGGCGCGCCGUCGCCAUGGCCGCCGGUGUGUUACAUGCAGGCGGCCCGCGGGCGCAGUGCGGCCGUGGUGGAGCUGCUGGCAGAGCUGGGCUACCCGGGUGGCACGAUCACGGACGUGUAUGAGGCAGCGGCCGGGGACGUGCCCACGAUCAGGGCACUGGCGCGGCUGCGGUUCCGCGGCUCCGACUCGCACCUCGCUCUGAUUGCACUGCUGGAGGACCCGGCAGUGCCGUUGAGUGAGCUGCGGUGGCUGCUGGAGGGAGACGUCCCGGAGGCAGGCGGCACAGCGGGGGCGGCGGCGGGAGCAGUGGGGUCAGCAGAUGCGGGGGCAGCCGCGGGGCCGUCGGAAAGCCGGCAGCCAUGCCGCACGCGCAUCUUUCUAGGUCCUGCUGCUCGUGGGUUGCUGUGGGAUGAGGCGCAGUGGCGGCGGGCGGUGGAGGCGGCGCGGGGCAGGGGCAGGGGUCGGGCUGCGCGGGAGGUGCGGCAGUGGCUGGAAGGCUGGCGGCGUGCGCUGCAGGACCGACAGGGGUGACGGGUCGAGGGGCAGGUGUUGCGGUCCAAGGGGUUGCAGUGCUUGUAGAGUAGUACAUGGGCUUGGAGAGCUGGCGUGGACGGGGCAUUCCAUCACACAUAUUACAGCGCCAGUGUGGUGAUGGCGUAUGACUCCCUGACUUGUUGACUUGACAGCCCGUAUUGUACGUGUCUUGUCCAGGCGGGCUGCAGUGCUUGCUGACGGCUGGCGGGUGGGCGCCCGAGUCGCUGGGAUACGCGCCGCCCAUGAGCAACCUGAGAAGACACCGGCGCCACGAUAUAUUGCAUUUACUCAACUUCACUGCUUGUACUCGAUUGUAGUGAAUGUAAGGAGCCCAGUGCUGUCGGUUCACGAACACGGAGCCACGGAUGGCGAUGGCCUACCGUGGGGGCGUGUCGCACCCGUGGAGGGCACUGUACUGCACUGUAGAAUUUAACAGUACUCCAAUGGUCAAGUUUGCGAGCUGGCUGUCUCGGUGUUGCGGUGUGCAAGUGCGUGGAAGGGUGUACUGCAGUCAAGGGCUUGGGGGCGCCAGCAGUUGGCCAGCCUCACAACGACAUGGAGGGAGCAUCCAGGAGACUGCAUGGAAGGGCGUUCCAUGUUGCGCUACAGCCUACAGCGCUACCGACCUGUGGUACGCCACGCCAUUUGCCAAAUGCCCAACCGUUG